AUGAGCUCUGACGCAGAGAUGGCUAUUUUUGGAGAAGCAGCUCCCUACCUCUGGAAAACAGAGAAGGAGAGAAUUGAGGCUCAGAAUCUCCAGUUUGAUUCUAAGAAAGCCUGUUUUGUGGUGGAUGAUAAGGAGAUGUACGUGAAAGGCAGGAUCCAGAGCAGGGAGAAUGACAAAGUCACAGUCAAGACCCUCGAUGACCAGACAGUCAGUCUGAACAGUGACCAAGUCUUUUCCAUGAACCCUCCCAAAUUUGACAAGAUCAAGGACAUGGCCGUGAUGACCCACCUGCAUGCAGCCAUGCUGUACAACCUCAAGGAGCGCUACGCAGCCUGGAUGAUCUACCAAUCCUGGCCUUACCCACCGACCUACUCGGGCCUCUUCUGCGUCACCAUCAACCCCUACAAGUGGCUGCCAGUGUACAACCCUGAGGUGGUGGCUGCCUACAGGGGCAAAAAGCGCCAGGAGGCCCCGCCCCACAUCUUCUCCAUCCCUGAAAACACUUACCAGUUCAUGCUGAUGGAUCGAGACAACCAGUCCAUCCUCAUCAUUGGAGAAUCUGGGGCAGGAAAGACUGUGAACACCAAACAGGUCAUCCAGUUUGCAACAGUUGCAGUGACUGGGGAGAAGAAGAAGGAGCAGCAGCCAGGCAAAAUGCGGUUGAGUAGCUAUCCCGUGGGCAUCUUCUCCAUCCUGGAAGAGGAGUGCAUGUUCCCCAAGGCAAUGGACAUGUCCUUCAAGAACAAGCUGUAUGAGCAGCACUUGGGCAAGUCCAACAACUUCCAGAAGCCCAAGCCUGCCAAAGGCAAGGCCGAGGCCCACUUCUCCCUGAUUCACUACGCCGGCACCGUGGACUACAACAUUAUAGGCUGGCUGGAAAACAAGGAUCCCCUGAACGAGACCGUGAUCAGACUGUACCAGAAGUCUUUGCUGAAGCUGCUGUCCUUUCCUUUUUCCAACUAUGCUGCUGCAGAAGCAGGUGACGCCGGGGGAAGCAAGAAGUCCAGGAAGAAGAAGGGCUCCUCCUUCCAGACCAUGUCUGCGGUGUUCCGGGAGAAUUUAAACAAAUUGAUGAUCAACCUCCGGAGCACACAUCCUCACUUUGUGUGGUAUCUGAUCCCCAACGAGACCGAGACUCCUGGCGUGAUGGACCACCACCUGGUCAUGCACUAGCUGUGCUGUAACAGGGUCCUUGAGGGCAUCUGGGUCUGCAGAAAGGGGUUUCCCAGCCCAAUCCUCUAUGCUGACUUCCAAUAACGGUACCAGAUUCUCAACGCCAGUGCCAUCCCAGAAGGCUAGUUUAUUGACAGCAAAAAUGCUUCUGAGAAGCUUCUUAGCUCCAUCGAUGUGGACCGGGAACAGUACAAAUUUGGCCACACCAAGGUGUUUUUCAAAGCCAGGCUCCUGGGACUUUUGGAGGAGAUGAGAGAUGAGAAGUUGGUGACACUCAUGACCCACACCCAGGCCGUGUGCAGGGACCUGAUGCCAGUGGAGCUCAAGAAGAUGACGGAGAGGAGGGAGCCCACCUUCUGCAUCCAGUACAACCUCCGCUCCUUCAUGAACGUCAAGCACUGGCCCUGGAUGAACCUGUUCUUCAAGAUCAAGCCCCUGCUGAAGAGUGCAGAGGCAGAGAAGGACACGGCCACCAUGAAGGAAGACUUCAAGAGGGCCAAGGAAGAGCUGGCCAGAUCUGAGGCUCGCCGGAAGGAGCUGGAGGAGAAAAUGGUCUCCUUGCUGCAGGAGAAGAACGAGCUCCAGUUGCAGGUCCAGUCUGUAAAAACUGAAAGUCCGAUGGACGCCGAGGAAUGGCGUGAGGGGCUUAUCAAAAGCAAGAGCCAACUGGAAACAAAAGUCAAGGAACUGAAUGAGAGAUUGGAAGAAGCAGAAGAAAUCAAUUCUGAACUAGUUGCAAAGAAGAGGAACCUAGAAGACAAACGGUCCUCUCUUACAAAGGACAUCGACGACAUGGAGCUGACCCUGGCCAAAGUCGAAAAGGAGAAGCAUGCCACAGAGAACAAGGUAAAGAAUCUUUCUGAAGAAAUGACAGCUCUUGAAGAAAACAUUUCCAAAUUGACCAAAGAAAAGAAAUCUCUACAGGAAGCCCAUCAGCAAACAUCGGAUGAUCUUCAGGUUGAAGAAGAUAAAGUCAAUGGUCUAAUCAUAAUAAAUGCCCACACUGAAGAGCUGGGGGAAGAAAUUGAAGCAGAACACACAUUCAGAAGCAAGAUUGAAAAGCAGUGCUCGGACCUCUCCCGGGAGCUGGAGGAGAUCAGCGAGCGGCUGGAAGAAGCUGGCGGGGCGACUUCAGCCCAGAUAGAGCUGAACAAGAAGCGGGAGGCCGAGUUCCAGAAGAUGCGCCGGGACCUGGAGGAGGCCACCCUGCAGCAUGAAGCCACGGCGGCCACGCUGAGGAAGAAGCACGCGGACAGCGUGGCCGAGCAGGGGGAGCAGCUCAACAACCUGCAGAGGGUCAAGCAGAAACUGGAGAAGGAGAAGAGCGAAAUGAAGAUGGAAAUCGACGACCUUGCUAGUAACAUGGAGACUGUCUCCAAGUCUAGGUACCCGACCCUACUGCUCUCGGAGUAUUCCAGGCGGCCACGUCCCCCUGCCCCAUGUUCAUGUAAGAGUAACAUGGAAAGGAUGUGCCGGACUAUGGAAGACCAAUUCAGUGAGAUCAGAGCGAAGGACGACCAGCAGACACAGUUAAUCCAUGAUCUGAACAUGCAGACGGCACGGCUGCAGACCCAGAAUGGGGAGCUGAGCCACCAGGUGGAAGAGAAGGAGUCCUUGAUUUCACAACUAAAAGGCAAGCAGGCCCUCACCCAGCAGCUGGAGGAGCUGAAGAGGCAGCUGGAGGAAGAAACCAAGGCCAAGAAUGCCCUGGCGCACGCCCUGCAGUCCUCCCGCCACGACUGCGACCUGCUGCGGGAACAGUACGAGGAGGAGCAGGAAGCCAAGGCCGAGCUGCAGAGGGCGCUGUCCAAGGCCAACAGCGAGGUUGCUCAGUGGAGGACCAAAUACGAGACGGACGCCAUCCAGCGCACGGAGGAGCGGGAGGAGGCCAAGAAAAAGCUGGCCCAGAGGAUACAGGAAGUGGAGGAAAACACAGAGGCGGUGAAUGCCAAGUGUGCAUCCUUGGAGAAAACCAAGCAGAGGCUGCAGGGAGAAGUGGCUGAGGUGAUGUUUGACGUGGCACGAGCCCACAUGGCCAGUGCCACCCUGGACAAGAAGCAGAGGAGCUUCGAUAAGAUCCUUGCAGAGUGGAAACAAAAGCUGGAUGAGAGCCAGGCUGACUUGGACGCAGCUCAGAAAGAGACCAGGUCACUUAGCACUGAAAUCUUCAAGAUGAAUGCAUAUGAGGAGGUGGUGGAGCAGUUAGAGACCCUAAGUCGAGAGAACAAAAAUCUGCAAGAGAUUUCUGACUUAACUGAGCAGCUUGCUGAGACUGGCAAGAAUCUCCAGGAAACGGAAACGACCAAGAAGCAAGUGGAGCAAGAAAAGUCCGAUCUCCAGGCUGCCUUAGAAGAGGUGGAGGGAAGUUUCUGGGAUGAAGAGGGCAAGAUCUUGUGUGUGCAACUGGAGCUGAGCCAGGUAAAAUCCAAGCUUGACCGGAGGGUCGCUGAGAAGGACGAAGAAAUCGAGCAGAUGGACCAGCAAGCAGCGGAGGCCACGCAGAGUGAUCUGGAUGCCAAAAUCCGGAGUCGGAAUGACACACUGAGGCUGAAGAAGAUGGAAGGGGGUCUUAAUGAGAUGGAGAUUCAGCUGGGCCACUCCAACCGCCAGGCGGCAGAGACCCAGAAACAUCUGCGCACGGUCCAAGGCCAGCUCAAGGACUCCCAGCUGCAACUGGAUGAUGCCCUGAGGAGCAACAAAGACCUCAAGGAGCAGUUGGCCAUCGCGGACCGCAGGAAUGGCCUCCUGCUGGGGGAGGUGGAGGAGCCGAAGGCGGCCCCGGAGCAGACGGAGCAGACCCGCAGGCUGUCGGAGCAGGAGCUGCAGGAUGCCAGCCACUGGGUGCAGCUCCUGCACUCCCAGAACACAAGCCUGAUAAAUACCAAGAAAAAACUGGAGACUGACAUAGCUCAGUUCCAGGUGGAGGUGGAAUAUUCUAUCCAGGAGUCCAAGAAUGCAGAAGAGAAGGCCAAGCAGGCCAUCACAGACGCCACCAUGAUGGCCAAGGAGCUGAAGAAGGAGCAGGACACCAGCGCCCACCUGGAGCGGAUGAAGAAGAACCUGGAGCAGACGGUGAAGGACCUGCAGAACCGUCUGGAUGAGGCCGAGCAGCUGGCCCUGAAGGGCGGGAAGAGGCAGAUCCAGAAUCUGGAGCACCGGGUGAGGGAAUUGGAAAAUGAGCCGGAUGCUGAGCAGAAGAGGGGCGCCGAAGCUCUUAAGGGGGCCCAUAAAUAUAAAUGCAUAGUCAAGGAAAUGACCUACCAGGCUGAGGAGGACCACAAGAAUAUCCUCCAGCUCCAGGACCUGGUGGACAAGCUGCGCCAAGUGGAGGCUCACAAGAGUCAGGCCGAGGAGGCUGAAGAACAGGCCAACACGCAGCUGUCCAGAUGCCAGAGAGUCCAGCAUGAGCUGCAGGAGGCUGAGGAGAGAGCGGAUGUCGCCGAGACCCAGGUCAACAAGCUGAGGGCCAAGGGCCGGGAUCUGGGGGGGGCAGAUAAGAGCAGACACUUGGGCGUGGCUUCUUCCCGAGGAAUCCUGGGACCCGGGGACCAAGUGAGCACCCAAGGAGGGUCUGGAGGCUGCCCCUCGGCCCUUCCUCCCUGCUGCUGGCCGUGCACUCACAGAAACUCAAAUUUUAGCAAAGACUCCCACGAUCCCAGGCUCACAGGGGAGUGGGCUGGGAGGCCAGGGCGCAGACCCCUCCCCUCCCCAUCUCUCCCGCUGCUGGAGGUGCUGCCCAAGAAGCCCCUGCUUUUCAGGGGAGUUGGCCUCUCUCUGGCAGCUUGAUGGGUUUGUUUUUACAAUGUGCAAAGGGAAACAACGCCAUUCCUUAAUGUCUUUCUGAAGUUCCAGCCUCUCUAGCUGUACCAUGUGAAGACCAAGUUCCCUCUCCCCCUUGGUUUGACUCAUUUCCGGUGUAUGAAAUUUUUUUUCUUACACAGAAGAUGGAAGAGUGAGGCCUUCCUGAUGCUCAUUGCUAUGGGACACCUCCAGGAGAGUGGAGGGAAAACUUGAGAAAUAAACUCUCCCCAAAU